UCCCAAGAACAGCAACGCCCCUUCGCUGUAUAAAUCGGAGCGGUCUCCUCUAGGAUUACAGCUGCAGGCAGCUGGAUCCCAGGCAGCAGGGAGUGACAGAGACCAGACAAGACACACACAGCCUCUCCAGCAGCAGCAGCGCUGUGAAUGGGGAGCGGCCAAGAGGCGUGAAAGAAGCCCGGAGCUGGGUACCUUACACGGGUGCAUAUUGAAUAGCGUCAGAGACCAAUUUGCCCCUUCAAAAAAAAAAAAGAGACAUGAUCCUUAACUCCUCUAUUGAAGAUGGAAUUAAAAGAAUCCAAGAUGACUGUCCCAAGGCUGGCAGGCACAGCUACAUAUUUGUCAUGAUCCCUACUCUCUACAGCAUCAUCUUUGUGAUGGGAAUAUUUGGAAACAGCUUGGUGGUGAUUGUUAUUUAUUUUUACAUGAAGCUAAAGACUGUGGCCAGUGUUUUCCUUCUGAAUCUCGCCCUAGCCGACUUAUUCUUCUUGUUGACUUUGCCUCUGUGGGCAGUCUAUACCGCUAUGGAGUACCGGUGGCCCUUUGGCAAUCACCUAUGUAAGAUCGCUUCGGCCAGCGUCAGUUUCAACCUCUACGCCAGUGUGUUCCUGCUCACGUGCCUCAGCAUCGAUCGCUACCUGGCCAUUGUCCACCCGAUGAAGUCUCGUCUCCGCCGCACGAUGCUGGUGGCCAAAGUCACCUGCAUCAUCAUCUGGUUGAUGGCUGGCAUGGCCAGCUUGCCAGUCGUCAUCCACCGGAAUGUGUAUUUCAUCGAGAACACCAAUAUCACAGUUUGCGCUUUUCGUUAUGAGUCUCGGCAUUCAACGCUCCCCAUUGGACUGGGCCUUACCAAGAACAUCCUGGGCUUCCUGUUCCCUUUCUUCAUUAUUCUCACCAGCUAUACUCUCAUUUGGAAAGCCCUGAAGAAGGCUUACAAAAUUCAGAAGAGCACGCCAAAAAAUGAUGACGUCUUUAGGAUAAUUAUGGCGAUUGUGCUUUUCUUCUUCUUUUCCUGGGUUCCCCACCAAAUAUUCACGUUUCUGGAUGUGCUCAUUCAGCUGGGCGUCAUCCGUGACUGCGAAAUUGCUGACAUUGUAGACACUGCUAUGCCCAUCACCAUCUGUAUAGCUUAUUUUAACAAUUGCCUGAACCCUCUGUUUUAUGGCUUUCUGGGGAAAAAAUUUAAAAGAUAUUUUCUGCAGCUUCUGAAAUAUAUUCCCCCAAAGGCCAAGUCACACGCAGGCUUGUCAACAAAAAUGAGUACUCUUUCCUACCGCCCUUCAGAUAACAUGAGCUCGUCUGCCAAGAAGUCUGCGUCUUGUUUUGAAGUGGAGUGAGAGGGUUCAAAGUUUGCUAGUGAACCGACUCCCUGAUAGUAGAAGCCAAAAGAGCAUUUGGCUAGACAGCUCACUCACUAUCAAAGAACCAUUCAACCUCCAGCCUUUUCAGGCUUGAAGCAGAGAAAGGACUCAGUGGACUGUACAUGUUUUCUAAAGUGCUAAAGAAAAGCUAUUUUCCCCUUUAGAACAAAUCGGAGCAAAGCUACUGUUCACUACCGUUUUUUUUUUUUUUGGUUGUUGUUGACUGAAUAAUAACUGUUUUAAGGACAAAGUCAGAAACUGAGUGGCUGUACUGAUUUGGGGGGAAAAAUGCACUGGCAGAAAUACAAUGUCUCCAGUCCCCUCUCAAUUCUAGUACUUUUGAUUUCCACAUGAAGGUGUUUAGAAGGUAUUAAAUCUGGAGAUGGGAGAUCAAGAUGCAAAAAAAGGAUGCAAAAUGGAGAUGGGAGGUCAAGCGUUUCCAAGGGACAAGGAAGCAACACUCCUGUUUAGCUACUAGUGGCUAUGACGACAUUGUCCCUAACACUACACAUUUUGUGCUAAGACUUGCUAGGCAGUAGUCAUCAACUUUCAAAACGUUUUGUAAAGUUCAGCCAUGGUCUCAAGAAUUCAAAGCAAUGUGCCAAAAACAGUGCCCACAGAACAGCUUUCUUGUAGAAUGUAUUACUGCAGUCGCAAAGCCAAACUGCUCCUAAAGCUGUGAUUCUGCCCCAGGCAGUUGUGUCUUCCUACACGGAUCAGUGUUAUUUCAUAUCUAAGAAAAUGUAGUCUUUGUUAAGCAGAUUUAUCAUAAAGUAUAUUCUAUGGUUCUAAAAAUGUAUAUAUUACAUAUGUAUAUGUAUAGCUAUAUCUCUAAGCUGUUGUUUAAAGUCUAGUAAAGUUAUAUUUAUCUUGAAAUAAAAAUUCAUCAUAAUGUA